CGAAACAAAAGAAAAUUUUGACAUGUACUCUCGGAAAAUUCUCCCUUCGGCUACCAACUUCGCUUUUUCUAAGUAUUACGGCGACACUCUCCGGCGAUAUGCGGACUGAUAUUAAUGUUUACUGACCGUUUGGUUAUUCAGAAAGCCGGGGAACAAAGAUCAUCGGGAUAUCUAAAAUCUGGAGCAAGACCAAACAAGCGGUCAAACGAGCCACAAUGUUAUCACUCGGCUUAUUCAAUAGUACGGGAUUAUAUCAACAAACUGGAGGAGCCAACGACGCGGCGAGACGACGACGACGACUUCUCGUUGGUAACCGUAACGAGCGUUUCCCUCCAGGAGAGCACAGGCAGCACCUUCACCGGGUCCGUUUGCACGAAUUGGGAGGAGAAAUUCGCCUGUCGCGCAUUACAGGGCCGAGGCCGCGUCUUCAGCUAUCGGAAGAGGCGGGCUCACUUCGGCGAUGGAAUCUUCAGCGCGCCGGCUGGCGUCUGCCCGCGUCACGUUACUUCGUCGGUCAUUCGCCGUAAUACAGGCGAUUCCCGGCUCGUGUUCGUCUGGCCGCAGAAAGCCAGCAGGGGUCGACUCUCCAACGUUCUCCUGCCCUUGCUACGCAGCGUCCUAGUCGGACUGCUGUUCGUGGACGCUCUUCACUUGUGGCCUGGAGAAUUCUUACCCACAUCUCUACCGCCGACCAUGCCGAUCACUUUGCCGCCUGUCAAGUGCAACGUCAUUGAGCCCCGUUGGUACGAUAAUAACUGAGUCAUGACUAAGAUUUGCCGAAUCACGUUUGCAUAAACAUACGUUUGCGAUAUCGUGGCUAUAAUUUAAAUAAGACACUGUUCAAUCUUCAAUAAAGAUAGAGUCAUCUUGUGCGGAGACCUUUUUGAUUCUUUAGUAGCGUUUGGAAUUAUUUUCAUAUGUUUCACGAGAAGAGAGUUUCGCACGGUUUUAAAUUCAACGAAUGCAAUGAUAAUCUAAAAUGGUAAUUGGAAAAUUUUCAUAUACGCAAUUAAUUUUCAUAAUUGUAUCUGCUUAUAUUAUCGAAGGUAAUUCAAUAAUGUACUCGAUGUCACGCUACUGCAAUUAUAACUUAUCGUGUGAGUUAGACGAUAAAAAAAAUCAACUUCAGACAUAACAUUAUCGAUAAUGUGCCUUAAAAUUUUUUUUAUUUUUGAUAUAACUAAUCUUUGGAUUUUAAAAUUUCUUAUCUCAUGGAAUAUGGGAGUUUCAUAUGGAAUAUAAAACUUUGUUAUAUCUA